AUGGCGUCGGAGAGACCUGGGUCAAUAACACUCCCUCCAAUCGAAACGACAGGUCGACGAGUUAGCCCUUCGCCACACGGCUUGAGGCAACGACCCUUAGGCCGAGCAUCUACCUUUGCCGAAGGUAACGCACAACUGAAUCGUCGACGCAGCUCAUUCCUCUCAGAAACAUUCUCCGAGACGAGGAAGUCCUUGCGUUCUUCCACAGAUGACAUAUUGUUGCCUCGGCCGCGAGGACCGCAUGACAUCCAGGAUGACGAGGACACCUCUCACUGGCAGUCACUGGCCCUUGGUCUUGCGUUGCUUCCCGCUGUUGGGGGUCUGUUCUUCAAGGAUGGGAGUGCUGUCAUCACCGAUGUCACGCUGUUAGGGCUAGCAGCCAUAUUCAUGAACUGGGCACUCAGGUCGCCAUGGGAUUGGUACCGUGCAGCCCAGAUUGCGGUGUUGUCAGACCCGACAUCUCCAACCAGCGUUACGCCAGUUGAAGAAGAGGAAGAACUGCAGGAUGUCGUGCCGACAGAAGGAAACCAAACAGCUGAGAAGCCUGCACCCAGAAGACGCUCCUUACAGAACUUCGAUCCCGAACAGGCAUCUGCACAAAGAGAGCUCCGUUUCCAUGAGCUUGCAGCUUUGAUUUCUUGCUUCAUCUUCCCACUUCUGGCUGCUUGGCUUCUUCACGGCAUCCGGUCGCAGCUCACCCGACCUUCCGAGGGACUCGUCUCCAAUUAUAAUCUCACCAUCUUUAUUCUUGUGGCAGAAAUACGACCGCUUUCUCAUAUGAUCAAGCUGGUGCAGAGAAGAACUCUGUUUUUGCAGCGCCGGGUUAAUGCCGAAGUAUUGAAAGAAUCAAGCCGCUCAGAGAGCCAACAGCUCCGAGAUUUGGCACAUAGACUGGAAGAAUUGGAGGCUCAUGUCGCUGACCGUGUUGCAAAGUCUGGUGGACAGCCAGCUGAUCCGGCUGAGGAGGAGGUAGCGUCCAAGGCUUCCUCAUUGGCCGCAUCUGAAGUCAAGAAGACCGUGCAGCCCGAGCUGGAUGCGCUGAAUCGCGCCAUGCGCCGGUACGAGAAGAGAAUAACAAUCUCAUCGGUACAGAUUGAGGCAAGGCUGGAUGACCUGGAAGUACGGCUGAAUGACGUCGUCGCCUUGGCCGCCGCCGCGCAGCGAAACGCCGAUCGGAGACCAGAUAAUUACAUCGUACUUCUUGUGAACUGGGUAUGUGCGAUCAUAGUGCUGCCGAUGCAGUAUAUUCUUUAUGCAGCGAGAAUUCCGGGCAAGCUGAUGGCUUCGCUCGUUGCUGUGCCUAGAAGAUAUCUCGCCGGAAGACAAAAGGUUGCCACAGCCAAGGCCGCGAGGUCAUCCAGGAGGGCACCCGUAAGAACAGCCGAGCAGGAGAGAAGAAUCAACACCACGCAAUAG